CUGAUGUGGUUAAAAGUGUAUUCUACAAACAGCGACCCGAAGGUCAUUUCAGCAUACUACAUUCAAGCCGUAAAAGAAAGGCGAGGAUGCCCUCGAAGGAUCCGUGCUGAUCGGGGAACAGAGAACGUCGGUGUUGAACAGAUGCAGAUGUUCCUUCGACGUGAUGCUACAGAUGACUUUUCCUACCACCGCAGUUUCAUAUACGGUUCAAGUAACCACAACCAAAGGAUUGAAAGCUUUUGGAGUACAAUGCGCAAGCAAAACGUUCAUUUUUGGAUGAAUUUCUUUCAGACUCUGAAAGAAGAAGGAUAUUUUACUGGGGAUUUCCUUGAUCGAUCACUUGUGCAGUUUUGCUUCAUGGGAAUUUUACAGGUGGAGCUCGAUGAGUUUGCUCAGAUGUGGAAUGCACAUCGGAUAAGAACACAACGGAAUACCAUUGCACCGCAUGGACGACCGACCGUAAUGUAUAUGGCUCCUCAUCUGUACGGAUCUGCAGAUCAUAUCUUUCACAGUGACCCCGCCGACGUUCAAAACUGCCAAGAAGAGUGUGUAACGCCGACUCAUCCGUGUGACGACACAGUUUUUGAACUCUGUUGCCUGAUAAUGGAAGAACUUAAUUUCAUUGUCCCAGAGGAUGCAAAGAGUGGCAGAGAGCUUUAUUUAAGGCUUAGGCAAGAGAUGCUACUUAUGCUGUAAUUUAUAUCUUUGGGAUUGAAAGCCUGUAAUCAAUUACGAUUUGAAGUAUGAGUAGGAACAUGAGAUUUAGGUUUUAAAAGCUGCCGUAUAGCCAUAUUCUACCAUACUUCACAAUGUAUUUUUGAUUACUUCUGUUAUAAAGUCUAUAUCAAGAAAGUUUUAAAAAAGACUUAAAAAAUAUGUUUUAUAAACAUAAAACAUCAAUUAAAGUUAAAACAUCUGAAUGUUGUAGUUCUUUAAAGGUAUAAUGCACACAUUAUCAAAUAAGACUGCUUUAAGAAUAGCAUUACAAUGUUUAUUUAACAAAGAUGCACUGUAGACAUUUAAGACUUAUUCAGUCAGAACAGUCUUUAAAUGCAAAUGUAGCUACAGGAAAUUAGAACCAGUUCCAAAAUGACCAUCACUUUA